AUGCUCUUCAUAUGGGUUAUUUUUCUUCUUUUAUUCGAUUUCGGUUAUUUUGCAUACGAAGAAAUUGAGGAAUGUUUCAUGGAAGUUACUGUGCAAAACGAGAAAAAAAAACGUCCAAAUAUAGAUCCAACAAACAAUGAGGCAUGUCAACUAUUAAUUUUCGGGAGGGAUUGCAAAAAUCCAAAUUUAUACCCGAUAAUUCUUGCGAGAUGUCCAGCAACAUGUGGCUUAUGCGACCAACCAGGUGCUCUAGGAGAAUGCCCUGAUAGAAGUGAUAUUUGCCCUACUAUAACUGCCUUGGAUCCCAGCGUAUGCAACAGGAGUAAUGUGGCUAAUAUGUGCAUGAAAAGUUGUAAUUUAAAAACUUGUUUGUCAGGUAAAUGCGAAUUGAAAGAAUUGAAAGAAUCAAUUUUAACAGCGGGAUUAUCAGAUAGUUCAACGACUGCACUGGCUUGUAUUGAUAGCAGAGUCAACUGUCUAUCUUAUAAACCCUUCUGCAAUAAUCCACGAUAUGCAGACGUUCUAAGAAGACAGUGUUGCCAUACUUGUACUUCUCCUUAA